UGGGCCCUCUUCAUAUUCAUUGCCGAGUAGACAAACAGAAGCCUGUAAUCAUUACAUGUGGCGACGUUGUGUAGGGAUCUUUGACCUGUUCCAGUAAUGGAAUUCUGCACUUUAAGUAAUGGAUAUCUUGUUCUUUCAUACGUCCUCAGGUUCAAGCUCGGAGACGACGCACAAGCCAGAAUGAUUUUGAUUUAGUUAAAAAAAUUGCGCUACGUAUCGAAUUAGGACGACCUUGCAGCAAUAAUGUCAAGACGUCAGUACUGUAAAUUAUUCAACCCUGACGCAUCAAUGAAUUUCGCGGUGGAAGACUGCCGACGACAAGUAGGCAUCAAUCAGAACACAUGCACAGGAGGAGGUUCCUCCGACUCAAGGGAAGAGCUGAGAAGAGUGCACCAAAACACUCCCAUGUCGGAGCUCCACACUCUAGUUUGCUGGCCAAAUGUGGGCACAGUUCUGUACUGAAAUCGAUGGAGGAACUCUACCUCUCCGUACCUCACAUGGCCAGUCAGUGUCGAAAGAACCUAUUGGGGCCCGAAUUGCACCGACAAAGAGCGACUAUUCUACAGUUUUAGUGCAACUGUCAACGACGGCCGGGACAAGAAGGGCGUCACAUGCUGCAUGACUUCUUACGAUCAAUCAUGAUCCUACACUGUCAAAGCUUGUGAGCUCACGUAGACCUCCAAAGCCUCGUAGUUAACUGCAACCGUUGACGGCCACAUUCCCCUUAACUGUUCCGUUUGUCCUUUUGUGAGCGAUGGGCGACUCUGGCUUCUGAAUCCUGAAACGCCUCCGACGCACUCGGUCCCUCAGCUCACUCCUCUUUCUCCCCCCAUCUUCAACUUGUCGACAAUCAACCGACUUCCGAGCUCGACCUCUCCGGGGUUUUUGUUUGAUCGCCAUAAUGGCAGUGGUGGUGUCUGCACCCGGGAAGGUUUUGAUUACUGGAGGCUACCUGGUUCUCGAACAGCCGAAUAUCGGCCUCGUGCUCUCUACAUCUGCACGUUUUUACGCUAUUGUGAAAACUAUCCAUGAAACUCUUGCCCCGGAUAGCUGGUCGUGGGCCUGGUCCGAUGUGAAAGUUUCUUCUCCUCAGCUUUUCAAGGAGACCAACUACAAGCUCUCAUUGAGAGAUUACAGCCUCAGAAAUGUUGCUCCGAGUGAAGGAGGCAAUCCCUUUGUGGAGAAUGCAGUAAGCAUGGCUGUGGCGGUGGCAGCUGCAAGGGCCUCGAGUUCGGGUGCUGGAUCAAUCAAUCCUCUCCUACUUCAAGGUUUGGAGAUCACCAUUUUGGGGAAUAACUCAUUCUAUUCCUUCAGAAAGCAGAUCGAAGCCCAACAACUACCACUUACAGUUGAAACUUUGACAUCCCUGCCUGAAUUUUCGGCCAUCACAAGGAAUCCAACGGAGGUUGUCAGUGGUGACACCAAUGUUUUGCCAGAGGUGGCGAAGACAGGUCUUGGUUCUUCAGCAGCCAUGACUGCUGCCGUUGUUGCAGCCGUUCUUCAGUAUCUGAGUGAUGUGAAGCUUCCACUUCAUGGUAGCGGUCAAACGGACACCGUUGAGCUGAGGCAACACUUGGACUUGGUUCAUGCUGUAUCUCAGGCUGCUCACUGUGCAGCACAGGGAAAGAUCGGGAGUGGUUUCGAUGUCAGUGCAGCUGUAUAUGGGAGUCAGCGCUACGUUCGAUUUUCGCCGUCUGUACUCGCAUCCCAGGAAGGAAGCAGCCGGCAGACUUUUGUCGAGAAGAUGAGAAGAUUGAUGAUCGAAGAAUGGGAUGGGGAGCGAACACCUUAUGGUUUACCUCCGCAUCUGACCCUGAUCAUUGGAGAACCUGGGUACGGUGGAUCACACACUCCAUCCCUGGUGGGAGCUGUGAUGAAGUGGCGGAAGGCUAAUCUUCCAGAGAGAGACGAAAUCUGGAAUAGUCUUGCGAAAGCUAAUCUCAGAGUUGAAGCCGGACUAAAACUCCUCAACACAUUAGCGCAAUCAGUCGGCAAGACCUAUACAACUGUACUCGAGCUGUGCAGCAUUCUUCCAGUGGACCAGUGGCAAACAAUUAUCGACACAACCUCAGAAGGAAAGGCAGUAGUGGAAGCACUGCUGGAAACGAGAACUGCUUUUGAAACUGUACGCGGGUUGAUGCGAAAAAUGGGUGAAGGUGCUGAAGUUCCACUCGAGCCACCAGUUCAGACGCAACUUUUGGAUCAGACCAUGAGUAUGAACGGUGUUCUAUUCGCCGGAGUCCCAGGGGCUGGAGGAUUUGAUGCAGUUUUUGCAGUCACUCUGGGCGAAGACGCCCGGAAUCGUGUGCAGGAAGCUUGGAGUAGCAAAGGUGUGUUGAGUCUCCCGAUCACUGAGGAUCCACAAGGAGUAAGUUUGGAACAAGAAGAUCCUCGUACGAGCGAAGUGGGCUCGGCUUUGCAUGCCAUGAGUAUAAACUAGCAGUAUCAGAUAUUCAGACAUUGUCCCUUGAAUCCCCGAAGAGUACAUGAAGUAGUUUUAGAGAUACAACACGGCUUCGCCCAAGUGAUCAAAUAAGGUGAACCUAGAAGCAGAUCUUGAGCAAGGGUUGUGAAACCCUGGACAGCAAGACAAACACCUCUUCACGUGGUGGUUUCCAGGACAUGGGCACGUACCGAGGUGAUCCAUCGAGUUUGAGGAGGUCAUGGCUGGUUAUUGGAUUGUACUAUAUACCCACACAUGGACCAUCAUUUACCUAUGAAACAUGUCCAUCGACGUUUUUGUGCCUACCGUGUUCAGC